GGUGUUUUGGGAGGGGGUGGGGCUGCGUGGAGACGGCGGUUGGAGCCCGGGCCUUUUGUUCUGGAAGUUUCGGAGCUGCCGGAGGAGACAAUAUGAGAGGCGACAGAGGACGUGGCCGUGGACGUUUUGGUGCACGGGGUGGUCCAGUUGGGGGGUUCAGACCAUUCGUCCCUCACAUCCCGUUCGACUUUUAUGUGUGUGAAAUGGCCUUUCCCCGAGUGAAGCCUGCCCCUGAUGAAACUACUUUGAGUGAAGCCUUACUGAAGCGGAACCAAGAUCUGUCCCCCACUCCAUCGGAGCAGGCUUCCAUACUGUCCUUAGUGACCAAGAUUAACAAUGUGAUCGACAAUCUGAUUGUGGCUCCAGGCAACUUUGAAGUGCAAAUUGAGGAAGUGCGUCAAGUUGGCUCCUACAAGAAAGGAACAAUGAUGACCGGCCAUAAUGUUGCUGAUCUUGUUGUCAUCCUAAAGAUCUUGCCAACUUUGGAAGCUGUUGCUGCCCUGGGUAACAAAGUGGCAGAAACCCUCCGGGCCCAGGAGCCCUCUGAGAUUCUCACUAUGAUCACCAAUGAGACUGGUUUUGAGAUCAGCUCUCCUGAUGCCACUGUCAAAAUUCUCAUCACCACAGUCCCACCCAACCUACGUAAGCUUGACCCAGAGCUCCAUUUGGACAUCAAAGUCUUGCAGAGUGCUCUGGCAGCAAUCCGACACGCCCGUUGGUUUGAAGAGAACUCCUCUCAGUCCACGUGAGUCAGCAUCUUAUUCCACUGCUAGU